AUGGCAUUAGAUUUACCUGAUGGUAGCAUGAAAUUGAAGGUUGUUGCUAUGGGAACUGGUACUAAAUGUAUUGGUCAAUCAAAAAUGAGUAAAGAAGGUGAAAUUCUUAAUGACAGUCAUGCUGAGAUUAUUUCUCGGAGAGCAUUUCUUCGUUAUCUGUACCAAGAGAUAGGAUCUGCAUAUUCUAAAGAAGGGAGUGAUAUAUUUCACCUUCAAUCCCUUCAAGAAGGAAACCUGUGUGUACUGAAACCUGGAAUAUCAUUUCAUUUCUUUAUGAGUCAUACUCCAUGUGGUGAUGCAUCUAUCUUUCCUAAAAUGACAAAAGAAAUGUCUGACUGCAUUGGUGAUGAAUGUUCCAGCACAAACCCACACCAACCUGAGAGUGAACAAAAAGAAAUUGAACCUCCAUUGCCAGAAGAUUCUGGAGAACCACUGCCAAAGCAAGCAAAAAUUGAUGCUGUCCAAAUACACCCAGAACAUUCCCAACUGUCUGCUAGUAAACUUAAGCUGAAAGAUAUUUCUUCUGAAAAUGAAAAAAUGAGGGAAGAGACCAUCAGAGAGAAAUGUAAAACAGUGCCAUCAAAUCCUCCUCUCAUAGAAGAUAUAUUCCGCACAGGUGCAAAAUGUGUUCCUGAAGGUGAACAGGAUGAGCAUGCACCUGGUAUAAGGUACCAUUGUGUUGGCGUGCUUCGAAUCAAACCUGGACGAGGGUGUCGCACUUUGAGUUUGUCAUGCAGUGACAAAAUGGCCAGAUGGAAUAUUCUUGGUUGUGAAGGGGCUUUACUGAAUCAUUUUCUUCUAAAACCAAUUUACUUUGAUUCUUUCAUUCUUGGAAGAUGUCCAUACAGUCAAGAAGCUAUGUAUAGAGCCUUAAUGGGGCGGCUGCAAAAGAAGUCUGAACAUUUAAAUUUGCCAGAGAAUUACCAUGUGCAUAAACCAAUGAUCAUACAAUCUUCUCUUGAGUUUCCUGAUGGAAGAGAUUCUCAGAAUUCCUUUAAUGAAAAUAGUAAAAAUGAAAAACUUGAUCCUUGUAAUACAUCAAUUAUCUGGUACAUGAUUGGGAGAAAAUCUUUUGAAGAAGUGGCUGUAAAUGGCAAAAAACAGGGCGUCACACAGAAGAACAGUCAUAAACCUUCUUCCAGACUUACUAUUUGCUCCAAAGAAUUAUUUGCAGAAUUCAAGAGAAUUCUGGAAAUUUCUAUCAAAUUUAACAGAGUGCCUCAAUCCUUAAAAGAAUUUUCAAACAAAGGCUCUCAAUAUACAUACCACACAUACAAAAUGGCAGCCAAAGAUUAUCAGAGAGCCUGGUCGGAGUUGAGAAGAGGACCCUUAAAGACCUGGAUCCAAAAAUCCAGAGAAUUAAUACAAUUUACUCUAAAGUGA